CUUCUUCUUCCUAUAUGGUUUCUAAUAACAACGCUAAAUUGUUUCUUGCAUGGUAUCUUUCUCAUCUUGCAACGUCACCUCUUAAAACAAAGGCAUAUACAUCAGGUGUAUUAUCUGGGCUUCAAGAAUUAAUAGCACAGAAAUUAUCAGGUGCAAAGAAAGUCGAUAAACGAGUUAUUCAAAUGGCUGCCUAUGGCUUCUUUAUCUCUGGUCCUCUUAACCAUUGCUUAUAUGAAUUAAUGAAUAAAAUAUUUGCGGGUAAGACAGGUAAAGGUGUUAAGAUAGGUCAAUUACUUUUUUCAAAUUUAGUCAUUUCACCUAUUAUGAACUCAGUGUAUUUGACGGCCAUGGCUAUCUUGGCUGGUGUUCAUUCUCCUGAAAAGUUGAAAGCCAAUAUUAAGAAUGGACUUUUACAUAUGCAAAAGGUAUCUUGGACAAUUUCACCUGUAACAUUGAUUUUUGCCCAAAACUUUUUACCUCCUUCUACUUGGGUUCCUUUCUUUAAUUUGAUUGCUUUUGUUUUUGGUACAUAUGUAAAUACAACCAUAAAAUGUAAACGUCUUAAAGAAGCAGAAGCCAAUAAGAAACAAUAAAUUAUACCUAAUAAAAUAGAUAUAUUAUUUAUUAUUAACAAGUGAUAUUGAC